AUGCGCGUCCGAACCCUCGAAAUUCGCUGGCACGAUAGCAAGCCCAUCUCUACUUGUGACUUUCAGCCAGUUCCAUUCAAGAAAGCGCGUCACGAGAAACACUUCGCGACACAGUCGUACAAGCUCGCCACGGGGGGAGAGGACAACCAUGUCAGGGUGAAAACAGCAUCGGGAUCUGCGGCGGAGGCGCCCACACCUCGUCCCCCGCGAGUUGAGUAUCUGGCUACGCUAGCACGACACUCUGCUCCGGUGAAUGUAGUACGGUGGAGCCCUAAUGGGGAGCUGAUCGCUUCAGCUGGUGACGAUGGAAUGAUCAUUAUCUGGGCCCCUACUACAAGCCCUCACACAGGCACGUAUGGCAGUGACUUAAGUGCAGAAGAGUUACAAUACGAGAAAGAGCACUGGAAGCCACGAACAACUUUCCGCUGCACUACUAUGCAAGUCUAUGAUCUGGCCUGGAGCCCAACUGGCGAGUACAUAAUUGCUGGGAGCACAGAUAAUUGCGCCAGAAUAUUCGCGACGGGCGACGACAUGUCUUUGCCAUACCAUACUGACCAUACCCAAGGCAAAUGCAUCACCGAGAUUGCUGAACAUAGCCACUAUGUCCAGGGUGUUGCAUGGGACCCUCUGAACGAGUUUAUCGCGACACAAAGCAGCGACCGCUCGAUGCAUAUCUAUAGCAUCACGCAGAAGGACGGCACUCUAGAGCUGCAUGCCGUGGGAAAAAACACGCGUAUGAACCACCGCCACAGCCGCACUCCUAGCUCGCGCAGUCGGCCUCCGAUGCUCCGGCGGGACUCGACGACGAGCGAGACUGAGUCCAACUACACGAACUUCUUCAGGCGCCUUACGUUUAGCCCUGAUGGCGGGUUACUAGCCACACCCGCUGGUCAAUUUGAGGAUCCGUCGGUCAACCUGGCAUCUUCAAAGACUAAGAAUGGCAAGGAUGACGAGACACCUAGCCGAGGGCGGAGGGGUAACCCAUCUGCAGCUUCGAACAACUCGAAUCAAGCAUCAAUCUCAACUGUAUACAUCUACUCCCGGGCAAACUUCGCCAAUCAGCCCAUCUUCCACCUUCCAGGACAUAAGAAGCCCAGCAUUGCGGUGAAGUUCUCACCUAUCCUAUAUGAGCUGCCAUUUACGGCGUCACUUCUUGCUCUCUCAUAUCGCAUGCUCUAUGCCGUCGCGACGAUGGAUACUGUAAUCAUUUACGAUACUCAGCAGGCGGGUCCUGUAUGUCUAUUGACGAAAUUGCACUAUGACGAAUUUACGGAUAUGACAUGGUCUCCCGAUGGCCAAUGUCUCAUGCUUUCCUCACGCGAUGGUUACUGUACCAUCGUCGUGUUUGACGAAAUCUUCCCGACCCAUCAUACCCAGCAACAAACCCUGCAGCUGCAGUCCAUUGCACAUCACCAUUCGCUGCCGCUUACGAGCACAUCAACGGUUGCCACGCCGAUGUCGACGCCGUCGGUGCAGUCGACGGCCCUGCCCGCCACGCCGGCAAUGACGCCCGUCGUUCCCGGGAAGCGGAAGGCCGAAGUUGAACCGCCGCUUACCCCCGCUCCGAGCGUUGACGAGAGUGCGUUGGGUCUGCACGAUGCAGAUGAGGCUGCUGAGGUCCCCGAGCGAGUACUAGAGCGUCCCAAGAAAAAGCGGCGUGCCGCGCUCACUCACAUCGGGGAUGUCGGGUCAUAACCUGACCAAACGGUCUCAUGUCGUGUGUUCAGGCCAUUUACACCAUCGUCCGCAUAUACAUGAUGUCUAUCCACGCAUCUUAUCCUUACCAUAUUGUAUGAUAGAGCGAUCUGUCUCUCAAACCUCAGUAGCCCUCGAUUUGUCCGAACGUCGUCGUUGUCCUCCCGUUGAGCAUCAUUCUAUUUCUGCCUGUCUCGAAGUGUUAAUGCAAUCUUGUCUCAGAUAGUAUACAGUGAUGAAUAGCAGUGGAAUGCAUGCGAUACAAUGUAUGCGUAUAGCACAAGUAUACAUGAACACAUGAUAUACACAGUACCAUCGUGA